AACAGCAACACCAGACAUAGGGGAGGGGAAAAAAGCAAAGUGAUCCAUUGAACCAAAAGUCUUUGCCCUCUCUUAAUUACGUAGUGUCCCAUAUAUUUUCUAUUUUUUUCCACUUGUUUUUUUAAAUAUUUUUUCUUUCUUCUGUACUUGAAGACCUCUGAUUAUUGGUAAUUAGCUUGAGGAGAAUAAAACCAGCCGAUAGGGAGAGGGGUGGUGCAUUGUGGAGCGAGAUGGCUAACAGAAAGGUUCUAUCACUCCUUCAUGGAUUCUUCUACCUAGCUCUGAUUCAGCCCUCACUUCAAGGAGGUGUGUACGUGCCGGCUGGUGCUGGAGUCGGACCAGGAGCAGGAGGAGCUGGACCAGGUGCUGGUCUCUACCCAGGAGCUGGUGGGAUACCCGCAGGAGCAGGCUACAAACCAGCUAAAACUGGUGCUGGAGGAUAUGGAGGACGGGGUGGUGUUGGGGCUGGAGGUCUGGUCCCUAGUGGCGGGGCUGGAGGCAUAGGAGCAGGAGGCCUCGGAGGAGGAGGAACCGGUGGAAAGGGCCCCAAACCUGGUUAUGGAAACCUUGGUGGUGUUGGGGGUGGUGGUCUUGGUGGUGGAGGAUAUGGAGCUGGUCCUGGAGCAGGCGGUCUGGGAACAGGAAGCUUUGGAGGAGGAGGAGGAUACGCUAAGCCGGGAGCUGGUUAUGGAGGAGGCUUGCCGUAUGGAGGCUCGCCGUAUGGAGGAGGUGGUGCUGGGGGCUUCUUCCCUGGAGGUGGGCUGGGACAGAAGGCAGGACCCAAGCCAGGCUAUGGGGCAGGAGGUGGACUACAACCAGGCUAUGGUGCAGGAGGACUGCCCGGGGGUGGACUACAGCCAGGCUAUGGCGGUGGUGGAUUACAGCCAGGUCUAGGGGGACCUGGAGGCACAGGAACAGGAGCUGCAGUGCCCGCAGGAGCACCUGUUAUUCCUCAGACUGGCCUACCUGGAGGUGGGCUAGGACCUGGUGCCGGAAAAGGAAAGGCUCCAAAAGGAGGAGUACCAAGUGUGGGUGUGCCUGGACUUUACCAAGGUGGCCAGGUGCCAGGACAAGGGUUUGGUGGUCGUGGAGUGUUGCCCGGUGUGGCCACUGGGAACGGACUCAAUCCCAAAUCAUUGCCAGGUGGAGGACAGCAGGUACCAGGAGGCUCAGGUCGUGUUGGUUACGGAGGACCAAUGCAGCCAGGAGUAUUCCAUGGAUACCCACUCAAAACACCCAAAACACAAGUUCCUUUCCCUACAGUGCACAGAGUGUCUUAUCCCCAUCACCCCCAUUAUGGCCACAUGCACAGCCCCAUGCAUGGUCACGUGAACGGCCACGUGCACGGGCGGUUCUAUGGGUACCCCCCUCCAAGGCCUCAGGUUAUGUAUGGUGGCUAUGGAAUGAAAGCUGGAGGAGCUGGAGGCAAACUUCCAUUUGGAUACGGGGGCUUUGGUGGUGGUGGUGGUGGUGGUGGAGCAGGCCUUCCUGGGGGAAAAGGAGGUCCUGGAUCCAAACCUGGAUACCCCAUUGGAACUGGUGUGGGGACAGGAGGUCUUAACCCGGCCCAGGCUCAGGCUAAAGCUGCUAAAUAUGGUGCUGGUUUGGGUGGUGUGCCCGGUGCAGGUGGAGCCUACCCUGGAGCGGGUGGAGCCUACCCUGGAGCGGGUGGAGCCUACCCUGGAGCAGGAGGAGCUUACCCCGGAGGAUAUAAUCCUGCUGCAGCCAAAGCUGCUAAAUAUGGAGUCCCAGGAGGUGCAGGGGGCGUCCCAGGUCUUGGAUCAAUAGCAGGAGGAGCAGGAGGAGUACCUGGGGUGGUACCCGGAGGAGCUGGAGGAUAUAACCCUGCUGCGGCCAAAGCUGCUAAAUACGGAGUUCCAGGAGGUGCAGGAGCAGGCCUAGGAGCUGGAGGACUUGGUGGAGUACCAGGAGGGGGAGGGGGGGGUGUACCUGGGGCUGGAGGAUAUAAUCCCGCGGCGGCCAAAGCAGCUAAAUAUGGACUCCCAGGAGGAGGUGCAGGCGGGCUCCCAGGUGCUGGAUCAGUUGCAGGAGGAGUAGGAGGAGUACCAGGAGCUGGGGCUGGAGGAUAUAAUCCUGCUGCGGCCAAAGCCGCUAAAUAUGGAGUUCCAGGAGGAGCAGGGGCAGGGUUAGGAGGAGCUGGAGGCUAUGGAGCGGGAGCCAGGCCUCCCUAUUACGGUGUUCCAGGGGGUGCUGGAUUUGGGGGAGCAGGGGCUUUUCCAGGGGCUGGAGGAUACAAUCCUGCUGCCACUGCCAAAGCUGCUAAAUAUGGAUACAAUCCUGCUGCCACUGCCAAAGCUGCUAAAUAUGGGUUCCCAGGAGGGGCAGGAGCAGGCAUAGGAGCUGGAGGAGCAGGGGGAGUACCUGGAGGAGGAGCAGGGGGGGUACCUGGGGCUGGAGGAUAUAAUCCUGCUGCAGCCAAAGCUGCUAAAUAUGGAGUUCCAGGAGGUGUAGGAGCAGGCCUAGGAGCUGGAGGACUUGGAGGAGCAGGAUAUGGAGGAGCAGGAGGGGCUGGGGCUGGAGGAUAUAACCCUGCUGCGGCCAAAGCUGCUAAAUAUGGAGGUGCAGGAGCAGGCCUAGGAGCUGGAGGAGCAGGAGGAGUACCAGGAGGAGGAGCAGGGGGAGUACCUGGGGCUGGAGGGUAUAAUCCUGCUGCAGCCAAAGCUGCUAAAUAUGGUCAGGGGGCUGCUGGUGGGCCAGGGGGUGGAUAUGGUGGCGUGCCUGCUGGAGGAUAUCCCAGGCCUGGGGGCUAUGGGGGAUAUGGAGGGGCAGCAGGAGGGGCAGGAGCUGGAGGAUAUAAUCCUGCUGCAGCCAAAGCUGCUAAAUAUGGAGCUGGAGGAGCAGGCCUAGGAGCUGGAGGAGCAGGCCUAGGAGGAGCAGGAGGAGGACCAGGGACUGGGGCUGUGGCUGGACCAGUAUAUGGAGGCUAUGGAGGGUAUGGAGGGGUACCAGCAGGAGGGGCUGCCGCUGCAGCCAAAGCUGCUAAAUAUGGAGUUCCAGGAGGAGCUGGCGUGGCCGGGAGAGCAGGAGGGGUGCCAGGGGGUGGAUAUGGAGGAUAUAAUCCUGCUGCGGCCAAAGCUGCUAAAUAUGGAGUACCAGGAGCUGGUACAGGUCCAGCUCAGCCUGGUGUGGGUGUCGGAGCAGGUGGCAAAGCUCCUAAACCCCCUGGUGCAGGGGGAUACCCGUAUGGUGGUUAUGGACAGGCAGGACAACUCCCAUAUGGUCAAGGUUAUGGACAGGGUGCAGGUGCUGGUGGAUAUCCCUAUGGAGGAGGCUAUGGAACUCCAUACGGAGCAGGAGCUGGACAACUUCCUGGAGCCAAGCCCCUGAAACCUCCAGUUGUGGGAGGAGCAGGCGGUGUGGCUGGAGGAGCAGGUAUUCCUCUUACUGGAGCUGGUGGUGGUGCAGGGGGAUACCCAUAUGGCUAUGGUCAAGGUGGUUAUGGACAGGGACUGGGUGCGAGGUAUCCUGCUGGUGUUGGUCUGGGAGCAGGCGCAGGAGCAGGGCAAAAAGCACCCAAACCCCCAGGUUAUGGUAACCUGGGUGCUGGUGGUGCUGGUUAUAAUCCAGGUGCUGGUGCGGUCCCAGGUUACGGAGGUGGCUACCCACAACAACGGGGCUACCCACAGCAAGGUGGCGGCUACCCACAGCAAGCCUACCCAGGAGGUGGACUAAAGCCGAAUUGUCGACAGACAGGAGCAUAUGGAGCAGGCCAGACGGCACCACUGACUCCUCAACAAGCCAAAGCAGCCAAAUAUGGCCCACUCCAGGGCUUCCUUGGUGGAGCAGGAGGAGGAGGAGGCUACAGACCAGGAGGAGUUGCUGCUGGAUGCCAAAGCAAAUACUGUGGAAGGCGGAAGUAGAGGAUGUUCUUGAGAAGAAGUUGAACCUCAAGAAACAAUGGUGCUACUGCAUGAUCUAGAAUGUACAUUUUAUAUGCACAAAAUCCCCCAUUACAGUAUGUAAAGAUAUGUUGGACUUUAUUUGACUCAAGCUAUUUUUUAUACAAACCCACCGACCCAGACUUUUGCACACAUUUGAUGUGACUUAGUGUUAUUGAUUGUGCCUUUAUCAUCACAGUGGUCAUGGUGUUCAUCAGCUCUUAUUGACAUGCCUGCGAUGCUCCCCUUUUAGUAGUUACCCAGUGUUUAUGUGUGCAUGCUUGUGUGGGUGUGUGCCCAUGUGGCUGUGUGUCUCUCUAUGUACGUGUGUGCUUGCCAUAGAUCUGUGCGUGUUUGGGUAGAUAGGAGAAUGUGAAAGAUUCUCCAACUAUAGCAGCAACAGUUCUGUAACUGUACAUCCCUCUACUGCAGUAUCUCUAUGUGCUUAGUGUCUGUGUGUACCAAAGUUGGAGAUCUUCACAUACUGACACGUCAAACUAAGGGUUGAGCUUCAAGAGGUGUGGUUGGUAAAGUGCUGAUAAACUUUGGCCAUGUAGCUUCAGAACUGCCUCUGACUUUUUAUCAUCUCUGCUGCUAUUUAUAGCCCUGGGUGAAAUUACAGUGGCAUAGCGGGUGUGUGUGCGCAAAGGUUUCACAGUCCAUCUGCCAUCAUUAACUUUGCCAAUAUUUUAAGUGCCAUGGUUUAAGUAGCCUAUCUUCAGCCUUCUUACCUUGAUUUCCACCAAACGUGAAGUAUGAAGAGCAGGUGUUGCUCUGAAUGUGAUAAAGCUGAUGACAAUCAAUCCAAAGGUGUUCAAAAGAUUUGUAGGUGAUAUCUUUAGUGAUAUUCAUAUCAUACAUUGUGUUGGUUUGUACCAAGUCCUUUGAAACGCAGUGUGUUUCAUUUUUUACAAUUAUUUGUAUGUUUUUAGUUUUUAGCAAAGCAGGUUUUACAAAAAUGUAAAAGUAAAACUGAAAUCCUUCCGAUACUGCUCUGGCAUGUAUUGUACAUUAUGUAUGUAUGAAAUGAACAUUUUGUUUUAUUAAUUAUGUAUCAUUUUUCUGGUGUCCAAGAUUAAGUGCAUAGAAUGUUAUGCAUAUCUGGAAUCAUUCUAGUUUCACAUGCAGUUAUAGUUAAAUUUUUGCAAAUUGUCUCUCAUUAUUCAAGUUUCAAAUGUUUCUGCUCAGAAAAGUAGGCUACCACCAGAUUUGUGUAAUCUAGAAUAAGGCAACAACAACAAAAAACAGUAAUGAUGUUUGUUAAAAAAAAUAUGUAUUUGCAUAAUGCAUUUAAUCACUGUUGAGAAUUGUUAUACUGUAUACAUAAGGGAUUUUUUAAUGUGUCUGUCUGUAGGCUAUAGCCCCUAGUCUGUGUAAAUAGUGAGAGUGAGCUCCCAUUUCACUCUUUACUUGAGUUAGUUACAGUUGAAUAAGACUCACUAAACAUUACUGAUCAAAGAUUGAUUUGCUCUGUUACAAAGUUACCCUACGAUUUCUCUUUAUGGAUUGUGUGUACUGUAUGUUGUAGUAAUAGCCCUAGGUUAUUAUGACUCUCACUGGCUUCAGUUCUUGUAGCCUACUCGGUGGUGCUUUUUCUGAACUGUGUGUGAACCGCUCUGGUCAGGGGCCCACCGCCCCGUGUCUUCCGUGCGGUGGGAUAGUAUUCAUUUUAUUUAAAUGAAAACAAAAUAAGGAAUGAUGGGGUUUUGCACUUUUUCAUUUUCACAACGCACAUGUGACUUGUUCCCGGUAAUCCCGGCAUUUUAUUUGCUUCAGUAAAAUAACGAAAUAAAAUUGUUUUAAUGAAUACA